GAAAAAAUGAAAAGCCUCCGUAGACUUUUCCUGUCAUUCUUAAUACUGUCUUUUUGCAUUUUCAAUUUUCUCCAAGCACAAGAUCAACAAGGAUUCAUCAACUUAGAUUGCGGACUAGAAGCCAAUGAGUCUCCUUAUACCGAACCAACAACAAAAUUAACUUUCACAUCAGACUCCGAUUUCAUCAAAACCGGAAAAAGCGGCAGGAUUCAAAAUGUUCCAGGACUAGACUAUAUAAGGCCAUACACGGUGUUGAGAUACUUUCCGGAUGGAGUGCGUAACUGCUAUACUCUUAGCGUCGUACAAGACACAAACUAUUUGAUCGUAGCCAUGUUUACUUAUGGAAACUAUGAUAAUCUUGAUACACCACCAAAGUUUGACCUUUAUCUUGGUCCGAAUAUUUGGACCACGGUCGAUUUGCAAAGAAAAGUCAACGGUACAAGAGAGGAACUCAUUCACAUAUCGAGGUCAACUUCAUUACAAGUCUGCCUUGUUAAGACAGGAACCACAACGCCGGUGAUAUCAGCUUUAGAGCUACGACCAUUGAGAAAUGAUAUUUACAUUCCUCAAUCUGGUUCUCUGAAGAAUCGGUUCCGAGUCUAUUUGACCGACUCUAGAGACAUCGUCCGGUACCCACUAGAUGUCCAUGAUCGUCUUUGGUCUCCAUUUUUCAUGUCGGAAUGGAAACUACUAAGAACAAGUCUCUCAAUCAACACCUCUGAUGACGAUUAUGACAUACCAGAAGAUGUAUUGGUUACGGCAGCCACGCCAGCAAAUGUGAGUUUACCAUUGACCAUUUCUUGGAACGUGGAAACACCUAGCGACUUGUUUUAUGCAUACCUGCACGGUGCUGAGAUCCAAUCCUUAAGGGACAAUGAUACCAGGGAAUUUAACAUUACCGCAGGUCCAAAUGUUAGUUAUGGACCUGUUAGUCUCGAGGAGUUGCUAGUAAAUACUUUAUACAACACAUCACCAGUUAAAUGUGACGGCGGGGCAUGUCAUUUGCAACUUAUAAGAACUCUAAACUCAACUCUUCCUCCACUCCUUAAUGCUAUUGAGGCUUUCGUAGUAGUUGAGUUUCCACAGUCAGAAACUAAUACAGAUGACGUUGUUGCUAUCAAGAGUAUAGAAACAAGCUAUGGAUUGAGUAGAAUUAGUUGGCAAGGAGAUCCAUGUGUUCCUCAACAAUUCUUGUGGGAUGGUCUUACCUGCGAGUACACUAAUAUUUCUACACCACCAAGAAUUCUUUCCUUAGACUUGUCCUCAAGUGAAAUCACUGGAAUCAUAGUUCCUGAGAUCCAAAAUCUUACCCAGCUUAAAAAAUUGGACUUGUCAAAUAAUAAUUUGACUGGAGGAGUACCUGAGUUCCUAGCCAAAAUGAAAUCAUUGUUAGUCAUAAACUUAAGUGGGAACAAUCUUAGUGGUUCAGUCCCGCAAGCUCUUCUUGACAAAGUGAAAAAAGGUUUGACGUUGAACAUUCAAGGAAAUCCAAACCUUUGUUCUUCCAGUUCAUGCAACAAAAAGAAGAAGAGAACCAUGUUACCAGUAAUAGCAUCACUCGCUUCUUUGGGUGUUAUAAUAUCAGUGAUCACUCUUCUUUUUGUUUGUAUGAAGAGAGGCCCAUCAAUAGGAAAAGGUUUUUCACCAAGCCAACCAUCAAUAGAAAUCAAAAAGAGAAGAUAUACAUACACCGAAGUUCUUGCAAUGACAAAUAAUAUGGAAAGAGUUCUUGGUAAAGGUGGAUUUGGGAUGGUCUAUCAUGGUUAUAUAAAUGGUAACGAAGAAGUAGCGGUUAAGCUACUCUCUCCAUCAUCAGCACAAGGCUAUAAAGAGUUCAAAACAGAGGUAGAACUUCUUCUAAGGGUUUACCACACAAAUCUAGUAAGCCUUGUUGGAUAUUGCGAUGAAAAAGACCAUUUGGCUCUCAUCUACCAAUACAUGGCCAAUGGUGAUUUGAAACAACAUUUGUCAGGUAGCUCCACUAUGAGCUGGGUAGAUAGACUAAACAUAGCUAUUGAUGCAGCACUAGGGUUGGAGUAUUUACAUAUUGGCUGCAAACCGUUAAUAGUUCAUAGAGAUGUAAAAAGUUCCAACAUACUGUUGGAUGAUCAAUUCCAAGCAAAGCUUGCAGAUUUUGGACUUUCUAGAUCUUUUCCAGUUGGAGGUGAAUCUCAUGUGUCUACACUUGUAGCUGGCACACCUGGAUAUCUUGAUCAUGAAUAUUACCAAACAAAUAGGUUGUCUGAGAAGAAUGAUGUCUACAGUUUUGGUGUUGUACUAUUAGAAAUCAUAACAAACAAACCUGUGAUUGAUCAAACACGCCAAAAGCCACACAUAGCCGAAUGGGUGAAGUUUAUGCUUACUAGAGGAGACAUUAACAAUGUUAUGGAUCCUAAACUCCAAGGGGUGUAUGACUCUGGCUCAGCGUGGAAAGCUCUUGAACUAGCAAUGACAUGUGUGUUUCCUUCUUCCUUAGAAAGACCCAACAUGUCACAUGUAGUUCAUGAACUGAAAGAGUGUUUGAUAUCUGAAAACAAGAGGACAAGAGAUAUCAACGCAACAAGUUCACUAGACAUUAACUUAAGCUUUGGUUCUGACGUGAACCCCAAGGCACGUUAGUAUCGUUUUUUUUCUCUGUUUGUC